UCAAAUAACAAUAAUAAUAGAGCUACCUAGCUAGCUCUUUUCAUCGGCGGGAGCAAAGGAAGUAGAUGAGUAUACGAAAUACCUUCUCUCUGCUUCUACGGAACUGUUCUUUUUUUUAAUCAAAUUCCCCUUCAAUUACUCAUCAAUCACCAUUAAUAACUUCAGAUUCUCCUCUGUUCUUCUUUCAAUUGCAUCCUGUAACAAUUUCAGUGAACUGGUGAAGUGAUCGUGUGGGUUUUGUGGAAUUGUUAGUUGUUGACCGAGUGGAAUUUGUUGAUUUAGGGUUUGAUUUAAGGUGUGAUUUAGGUUGAAGUGGGGUGUGAAGGUGUUUUGAUGUUGAUUUUGUAGUUGAAGUUAUGGUGGUUUUGAAUCAUUUGAUUCUGAUUUCAAUGAAUCCCUAAAAGUAGUUAUUGUUUGGUCCCAAAUGGGAAUUCAAACUUUCUAUUUGGGGAUUUUUAUUUUUUGGGAAUAUCAUAAGUUAUAACUUGUUUAGUAGAUGCCAUAAUUACAAAAAAUAAAUAAUAAUAAUAAUAAUAAAAAUAAAUAAUUUUUUUUAAUGAUUAUGGUUUUGUUUCAUGAGAUAUAUGUGUUUAAGAUAUUAUGAUAAUCAAACAUAUAUUGUUCUUUGAAUUUACCACCUUUUAAACCCUUGAAGGCAACCGACUAGCACAAACAGCGUUUUACCUGGUCUGUUGGUUAGCAGGGUAUUGGUGGGGGCCGUGGGUAAAAAGCAUAUGUUUUUUUUUUUCUUGAAGCACAUGUCUAAAGGGAUUACUUGUGUUUAAAUGAUGAACGAUAAUUGGUUUUAAGAAAAAGGAUAAUUGAUAUCAGUUUGGUUUGGCCCCGUUAGUUAGCAGGGUAUUGGUGGGGUCCGUGGGUAAAAAACAUAUGUUUUUCUUGAAACGCUUGUCUAAAGGGAGUACUUGUGUUUAAAGGACAAAGUUAAUAUAAUUGGUUUUAAGAAAAGGAUAGUUAAUAUAAGUUUUGGUAAUACUUACUUAAUAGGUUUAUUUGGGCUGGUGGUAGGAAGUGAUUCAAUGGAGCAGCAUUUGGAAAUAUCUUUUUCAGGUCAGCAAAAAGCUUCUCCAGCAUCAACUGUAUUUCAAGAAGUGGAAAAUGCGUAUCGAGCAUCAACCGAUAUCAGUUUGUUUUCAAGCUCAUUACCUGUCAUUCUACAUGAAAAAUACGGAUUUCCUUUAGAAGACGAGAGUGAAGAUAUCGCAACUAGUUUAACCGGAAGCAUGCUUCCAGGUGAGGAAGACGAGCCGUUUACAGGAACUGACGAUUUUGACCUUGGUGAUUUGCCUACGCAAUUGGAGGAUUUGGAUUUGGAAGACGACCUUUUCGAAAGUGGAGGCGGAAUGGAAAUGGACUCCGAUUCCCGUGAUGGAAUUAGAUUCGGUCUCUCUAAUUUAAGGUUAUCCGAUAGUGUCCCGUUAACUGGAAUUAUUAAUCGUCACGAGCUCCCCAAUGGUGUGGCCCCCGUUGUCGGAGAACAUCCGUACGGAGAACACCCUUCGCGAACUUUAUUCGUUAGGAAUAUUAACAGCAAUGUUGAAGACUCUGAACUGAGAUGCCUCUUUGAGGAAUAUGGAGAAAUAAGAAAUUUAUAUACUGCGUGUAAGCACAGGGGUUUCGUAAUGAUAUCGUAUUAUGACAUCAGACAUGCUCGCGCUGCGAUGAGAGAACUUCAAAAUAAGCCUUUGAGAAGAAGAAAAUUAGAUAUUCAUUUUUCAAUUCCUAAGGAUAAUCCGUCUGAAAAGGAUAUCAACCAAGGAACUCUGGUUGUUUUCAACUUGGAUGCAUCGGUAUCCAGUGAUGAUCUUCGUCAUAUAUUUUCAGUUUAUGGGGAAGUCAAAGAGAUCAGGGAAACACCGCACAAGAGACACCAUAAGUUCGUUGAAUUUUACGAUGUUAGAGCUGCAGAUAUGGCUCUUAAAGAUUUAAACGGGAGGGAAAUUGCGGGAAAACGAAUCAAACUUGAGCAUAGCAGGCCUGGUGGUGCUCGCAGAAACUUGAUGCAACAAUUGAGUCUAGCACUGGAACAGGACGAAACUCGACCCUUCUGGCACCAUGUCGGUUCACCAGUGAUCAACUCUCCUCCUGGUAGCUGGACCCAUCUAAGCAGUCCAAGGGACCACGGUUCACCGCAAGGGUUCAGCUGGUCAUCAGGGCUCGGAACACUUAGCCCAGGUCAGAACCCUUUACCUGGCCUGGCAUCUAUACUUCCACCACAUAUAUCGAACCCCGUAAAGAUCGCACCAAUCGGUAAAGACAACGUUUUCAAGUCAACACUCGGCUUUGACCAUCAACAAUCACAUUCCAGUCCAGGGAACACAGUCAACACACCGUCACUUAACAAUUCCAAUUUUGACCCGUCUAGUCUCGGUCGACUAUCCGGUCCAGAGUUUCUUUGGGGCAGUCCAACUACGUACUCCGACCACCAAAGUUCUUCUUCUUGGCGGGCAUCUUCGGUCUAUGCCAGUCCUAGUCAGCAUGGUUCAUUUCUAGGUCAACUUCAUCAUGUAGGUUCCGCUCCAUCGGCAGAAAGAACCAUUUUUAACGGUGUGGGACCGGUUAUCAGUAACGGAAGUGGUUCGCCUAUUUCCCGCAUGACGUUUUUUCCUAACAAAGGACCGAUGAUUAUGGGGAGCGGUUCUUAUCAAGGACGGGGAGCGUUAAACGAGGGUUUAAAUUUAACCGAACGUAGCCACAGUCGGCGAGUUGAUUAUGCUGUUAACCAGAUGGGAAAUAAACAGUAUCAACUAGAUUUGCAAAAGAUAAUUAGCGGGGAAGAUUCUAGAACAACAUUGAUGAUUAAAAAUAUUCCUAAUAAGUACACUUCAAAGAUGUUGCUUGCAGCCAUUGAUGAAAAUCACAAGGGUACCUACGACUUUGUGUAUUUGCCGAUUGAUUUUAAGAAUAAAUGCAACGUGGGCUAUGCAUUCAUCAACAUGGUGUCUCCGUCACACAUUAUAUCCUUUUACGAGGUAUUUAACGGGAAAAAAUGGGAGAAAUUUAACAGUGAAAAGGUUGCUUCAUUGGCGUACGCAAGGAUCCAAGGGAAAGUGGCUCUAAUUACACAUUUUCAGAAUUCGAGUCUAAUGAAUGAGGACAAGUGGUGCAGACCGAUCAUCUUCCAGUCAGAGGCCCAAGAAAACGAUAAUCUGGAUUCGAUUCCCUACCAUAACAUGAACAUAUGUAUUCGUCAACCGGAUGGAUCGUACUCAGUGGACUCGUUAGAUGGUUCAACAAGUAGCCCGGAAAAAAACUAAACAAGAGAGAGGGUUUUUAAUAAGCGGAUUCAAACCAGAAAAAGGAAAGUUGGUUUGUUGUAUCGCGAGCAACAAGUUGUAUAGAACUUUGAGAACAUGGUGAAGCAGAGAUGUUAUAGAACUUUGUUGUAUCGUGAGUCUUCGUGUGUAAUUAAACUAUCGGAUACUUUAUAAUAUAUGUAAAUAAUUUCAUGUGAGUUAGAAAUUUAGUGUCAAGGAGCUGUUUUCAAGUGUAUAGAAUGGAGACAGCAGAUCCGCAAUAAUUUCUAGAUAACGGUCUCUUGUUGAUCUUAUAUGUAUAUAUUGACAAGUUGUUGAUCCAGCAAGUUGUUUGCAUAAUUCAGGUAGAACUGCGUUGAUGUGUGGUU